AUGGCAUACGAUCCUACAAUAAACGAGAGGAUCAAUCCAUUCGAUAAGGAUAAAAUAGCAGCUAGCCGAGCAGCGACAGCCGCUCCAACAACAUGCUCUUCGUUCUCUGGUAGUACUUUUACCAAUGCGACAACAAUUGGCGCUCCUGGUGGAUACAAUACCAACGCCACAGCGACAACAUUGUCUUCGUCAUCGUUAAGCCAACCACCAGCAGCGACUACAUCAGCAUCUUCUUCCUCUUAUUCCAGUACUUCUAUCAUAACCUCUAGCAAUAAGGGAGAUGAUAACGUGAAAGAUCGUUACAACACACAGCAAGGUAUCAGGGAUCAAUCACAAACAGGUCGCAUCGAGCCGCAGUCGAACGCUACUGCAAACCCGGCUGAUACAUCGACCACAUCAUCAUACUCCAGCGAAACCAAGAAACAGGAAUUUGGACGCACAAAAAGAUCAUCAUCGGAUGCGGAAUUAAUAUUUGGUGAUAAGGGACUAGACUUCUACAAGCCUCGCUUCAGCACUGCCGGUACAGGACGUGACUUCAAGCAAAGCAGCGAUUCAGUCACCGACGCGGAGCUUAUCUUUGGUACUAGCGCUGUUAGUGGUCCACCAUCGGCAUCAUCCACGACUGGCGGCAGCGCACCUUCAACAGCUUUCAAUCGUUACUCUUCGUACGGAAGUCGCGACAGUUCCAGCUUCAACAGUAGUGUGUCCGAUUCCGAUUACAUCUAUGCUAAAAAGGAAGAACGCAAUACCUUCGCCAAGAGUCUAUCGGUGUCCUCGGAAAAGGCUGAUGUUGACGUGACUGAACGGUUCCGCAGUGUUCCCAAACCGUACGAACCUCCCAAGAGCGCGACCUCCUUGAGUAGCUCUGGUAGCGGUAAGUGGAGUAACAAGUACGAUGAAGAGGAUUUCGACUUGAAAUGA